UAGUGGAACCAUAGUAUUUUUCGAGACAACUCAUAGGGUUUGAAACUUCUAGGGUCCGCCCAUUCAUGUGUGUUUGAAAGAGAUAAAGUAGAACAAAGACACUCUCCAACGUUCCCAUUUCUCUCUCUCUAUUUUUGAAAUUUUCCUUUCAUUUCCUAUCGGUUAUAAUAGUUCAAUUUGCAGAUCCUUCCUCGCGAAACCCUGUUCUCUGAUUUGCUAAUGCGAUCCAUUUCGAUCUUCUCUAUCUUGCUAAGUUCUGUGCAGGAGGGGUUUGUUCCUGUGGCUCUUUGGAACGGAUUAUAAUGAUUUGGAGGACCAAGUUUGAAAAGAGUUGCAAUCCAUUGAGAAUAUGGACAGUGACCGGAGCGUGUCUGCUCCAUCUCAUGGGCAAGUUGACGGCACUCAGAGAGUUAAAGCAUUACAUGGGAGGACUACUGGCCCUACAAGGCGUUCUACAAAAGGGCAAUGGACACUAGAGGAGGAUGACAUCUUACGGAAGGCAGUUGAGAAAUUUAAGGGAAAGAAUUGGAAAAAAAUUGCGGAAUGUUUCAAGGAUAGGACUGAUGUGCAAUGCCUGCAUAGGUGGCAAAAGGUUUUAAAUCCUGAACUUGUUAAAGGUCCAUGGUCUAAAGAGGAAGAUGACAUAAUUAUUGAAUUGGUGAAUAAAAAUGGGGCUAAAAAGUGGUCAUCUCUUGCACGACAUUUACCUGGACGUAUUGGUAAGCAAUGUCGAGAAAGGUGGGUUAAUCAUCUUGAUCCUACUAUAAAAAAGGAAGCAUGGACUCAGGAAGAGGAGUUGGCUCUAAUACAUUAUCAUCAGAUAUUUGGGAACAAAUGGGCCGAGUUGUCAAAGUACAUUCCUGGAAGGACAGACAAUGCUAUUAAAAAUCACUGGAACAGUUCUGUCAAAAAGAAAUUGGAUUCUUAUUUGACAUCUGGUGUGCUUAAUCAGUUUGAGCCUGUACCUCAUGUUGGAAAUUCAAAUCAAUCAACAAGGUUGCAGUGUAGUGGAGAUGAUAACUGUUCCAAAGGGAUUAAAAGAGAAGAGAUUUCGGAGUCCAGCCAAGGUUCAGCUAAUGCUGUUUGCUUUCCGUCUGCUAGAGGAAUGAGCAGUACUGAAUUACAAACUGGAGAGGCGACUUGUAGGCCAAAUGAAGAAUGUAAUCUUCGAAAGGAUCAUAGUCCAAGUCAAGCAUCUUAUUCAGAGCCAUAUUAUGUAUCAAUUGAUGAUGUUAGUAUAUGCAUUCCUGAAAUUUCUCACCAAGAGGCAUGCACUUCUCAGUUCAUUGAGCAACAAUCACAUGAACUGGGAAAUUCCAUAACUGGGGAUCGUCAUUUCAAUUUACAUUCCUUACCCAAUGUUUCAUCAAUGGUCGUGGGGCAGGAUUCCUCACAGUUGCAUAGAGAUUGUGUAGCUUCUAGUGAAAUCUGUGACAUGGUAAAUGUUCCAUUUCGGCCUUCAAAGGCGUUGGGUGCUUCAACUUCCAUGGUGCCUGCAUCUUUGGGUUCUCUUAAACCAGAGCAUGUGUUGAUAUCUGAUGAUGAAUGUUGCAGAGUUCUGUUUUCAGAUUCAAUAAAUGAUGGGUCUUUUCCCCCUGUAGAUUAUAUUAAAGGUGAAGAAACAGUUAAAUUUUCUGGAUGUACUUCAUUUCGUUGCCAAUCUUGUAAUAUCCAGAUAUCUGAAACUGGUGGAUCCUCAACUCCUCAUCUAACUUGUCCUCGGUGUUCUAAUAAUUAUCAAGGAACUUCAUCCUCCCUGUCUAAUCCUCCAGUACUUUCUGCACGUGAUGAUAGGGAGGGGCCAACUGCCAAUGACAAUCAUUUAUAUGGGGAAGACGGUCAGCAGUUGGUCUCCACAGCACCUGCUAACCUCACUCAUGUCAAUUACAUAUCCAGUUCUCCCUGUGUGGAUGGUAUGGGUACUGUAGUAAUGGAAGAACCACGUGAGGAAAACACAAAUGUGCAUACAGAAAAGGAGGACUCAGGAUCUCUAUGUUAUGAACCUCCCCGUUUUCCAAGUUUGGAUAUUCCUUUCUUCAGCUGUGAUCUUGUACAAUCUGGGAGUGAUAUGCAGCAAGAGUUUAGUCCCUUGGGAAUCCGCCAAUUUAUGAUGUCUUCUAUGAAUUGUCUUACUCCUUUUAAGUUGUGGGACUCACCCUCUCAUGGUGAUAGUCCUGAUGCAUUGUUAAAAAGUGCUGCUAAAACUUUUACAGGUACACCAUCCAUAUUAAAGAAACGGCACCGAGAUUUGUUGUCACCACUCUCAGAUAAAAGAGUUGAAAAGAAACUUGGGACUGACAUGACUACCUUCACCAACAACAUUUGCAGUUUGGAUGUCAUGUUCGAUGACAAUGAGACUCAGGAAACGGAUAUCCCUUCAUUGCAAAAACAGAACAGUAGUGCAUGUGUUGAUGAUGAUAAUAAAGAAAAUUGCGGACAAGCUUAUAAGCCAACUAAGUAUGGAAUUAUCGAUGAAAAGAACUCCUAUAAAGAUACUGUAGACAAUUCUCAGCCUAAUGUGAAUCAACAGCGGCUAAUGGUUGAUGCCUCAGCUGCUGCCAUUGAACAAGAACCUUCUGGAGUUUUGGUCGAACAUGAUGUGAAUGACUUGACGCUGUCUCCUGAUCAAGUUGGUUUAAAAUCAAACAGAGGUCUUGUUACAAGUACUAAAACACCCAAAAGCAUGAACAGAACCUUGGAAGAAGUUCCCAAUCAGAACGGCCAUUUGAAAUUAUCUUCUAAAAAUCCAUGCUCAAGGAUUAAUUCUAAUUCUCCUUGUGUUCGUGCAAAGGAGCAUGAAAACCUUUCUGUUGCUGUUACUCGUGUACAAGCUCCAGCGGACAAUUCAGGGGAACAAACCAGAAAGGAUGGUGGUUUUGAAACAUGUAGCAUAUUUGGUGGAACACCUUUUAGGAAAGGCCUUGAAUCACCUUCCGCAUGGAAAUCUCCUUGGUUUUUCAACGCUUUUCUAUCUAGCCCCAGACUUGAUAACGAACUUACAGUUGAGGAUUUUGGGUAUUUAAUGAGCCCAGGUGAUAGAAGCUAUGAUGCAAUAGGGUUGUUAAAACAGAUCAGUGAACAUACUGCUGCUACAUAUGCCAAUGCUCAAGAGGUUUUGGUAAAUGAAACUCCCAAGGCAUUACAGAAAGAUGCAUCUGGAAACGACAAGGAUAACUGCCAUGGUUCUCCCAAUCAGCCUGGGAACCAUUCUCAAUUGGCUUCAAAUGCAUUGAUAGAGCGACGUACACUUGACUUUAGCGAAUGUGGAACACCAAGCAAGGGUGAUGACAACAAAUCCUCAGCUAUAAGUUCCAAAAGCCCUUCUUCGUAUCUGUUGAAAGGUUGUAGAUGAUUGUCAAAUAUGGAUAAAACCUGUAUUUGCAUAUAUAUAUAUAUAUGUGUGUGUUACAAAUAUAUGUAUAGUAUUCCAUUUCUAUGAAUAGUUUUUCUGUAAGCAAUGAAGCACCUCGGCGAUCAAAGCUGAUUGAAAUAAAUAUCUUCCUUUCAUUCA